UUAGGGCUUGAUCGUUUGGGUUUUGAUUUGUGAUGAUGAUUUGGUGUCGUUCGGUAUUGGAUCUACUCGUUGUGGUGUUGUAUUCGUGCUCAUUCUCGUGUAACAUGUGGGUAAGUACGUAGACUUUGGGGUUUUGGGCUAUUUAGUGAUUGAGAUGGUCGCUAUUGAUUUAGGUUUACUGAGAUCUUCCUUAAAGCUGGUUUAGCUUGUUAAAAUUGAUGUGUCACGCUGGCAAUGUGAUUAUCUGCAGUUUAUGGUGAAUUGUGGUUCAUCUGAAUCCAUGGUUACAUCUUACUCUAGAAUUAGGUUUCGGAUAUAAAGCAGUGUUCUUUGUUUUAAACAGUGUACAUGCCUCCAUGGAUAAUAUUCGAUAGGCGAUGUAUUUGAAUGUAGCGUUGUUCUUUGUGUCCUGUUAUAUUGCUUCAUUUAAUUACAUUUUCUGAUGGGAUUCGACCAAACAUAAACUAGAAGAAUAAAAGUUCAGGAUAUUUUGGUUGGUCGAAACCUUUUUUGUGGCAAAUGCAUGGUUUAGCAGGUCCGUUGAACAGCCGAAAUAAAUUCGCAUGUCCGGCAUUUGAGAGAGGAUGUCAGUUACUCAGCAGCUGAAACGGGACUUGCGAUGACUGAAGGCCAAAACAUAAGGAAGUUGGUGAAGGAUGGAUUCGUCAUCAAGAAACCCAUGAAGAUCCAUUCGCGAUCUCGCGCACGUCGGGCAAUGGAAGCCAAGAGGAAGGGGCGACAUUCCGGAUAUGGUAAACGCAGGGGUACGAGGGAGGCUAGGCUUCCUACUAAGAUCCUUUGGAUGAGGAGAAUGAGAGUUCUUAGACGUCUUCUGCGCAAGUACCGGGAAGCGAAGAAGAUUGAUAAGCACCUCUACCAUGAGCUCUACAUGAAGGUAAAGGGUAAUGUGUACAAGAACAAGAGGGUGCUCAUGGAGAGUAUCCACAAGUCGAAGGCCGAGAAGGCGAGAGAGAAGACUAUCUCUGAUCAGUUUGAGGCCAAGCGGGCGAAGAGCAAGGCGAGCAGAGAGAGGAAGAUUGCUAGGAGAGAGGAGCGGUUAGCUCAGGGUCCAGGGGAGCGAGCAACGCCGGCUACGACCACCCAAGCAGAGGCACCUAAGAAGGGAAAGAAUUGAGAAAAAAACGCUUUCGAUCGCCACAAGUGGUCCGCUGAUCAUUAUAUCAGCCGGAUAUCCUCUUUUUUUCUUUUUUUUGUUUUGUGUUUCAUCUUCUUGUUAGUCUAUGCGGUGUCUUCUAACUCAACUUAUCCAAUUACUGAUACUUGUUCUUUCUCUAGUUUUUCCGCGAGUGAGUUGGAGUUUCUGAAAUUUUUUUUGCUAGUGAGCUGUCUCUUGCUUCUUGCUUGUUGAUAUUGAAGUGAUAUAGUAUGUUAUCUAAAUUCAGGCAUCAGUUACACUUGCGAAGCGAGCACCAUUUCUAA